AUGUUCAAGCGAUUCUUCGGCGAGCAUGGCGCAAAGAACGUCGUGACUCUCUUCCACAAGCCCUCCAGCCAGGCCUCCUUACGUGCACACACCAUCUUGAAGCAAGCAAACGCCCAGUCCGUUGCGACUGCCACGGAAGACCAGGCUAGUUCCCACGAUGCACAGAACAACGCAGCGCAAAGCAAGUUCGAGCUCGACGUAACGGAGGCCCCGCCGACGGCAGAUCAGCUCAAGAGCAUUCUGGAGUAUCUGGGUGGACCAAGUGCUGUUGGCAGGGUCGUUGAGGGAGCAAAAGAUGAGACAGAUGCGCUGAGGCGGUUGAAGGCAGACGGAAGUACGUUCCAGCGACCACUCGUCGUAGAUUGGAAUCAGGGCAAGGCUGUCGCUGGUGACAACGAGUCCGAGAUACUCAGUCUGUUGAAGAACAUCUCAUCCGAGAAGAAAUAG